GACCUGACUGAUCUCCCGCUUGUGAAGCUCUCUGAAGCCAGAGAAAGGUGGAGAAGCAGCUGCUAACAUGCUGAAUCCCUGCGGAACAGAACAGUGGAGUUCAAGAUCGUUUUGCAAAGGGCCUGCAUGUUGUUUUUUUUCCACCUUUUAAAUUAACAUCUGGGAGGAGCACGCCUGUACAAUGGCUGUCUUGCUUUGUGCUGGGUGGUUCCUUGUCAGGUUUGCCUUGCUGGCAGGCCUAGAAGAUCUGUGCUGGGUAUAAAAUGAGCCACCCGGUGCCACAUCCUUAUCUGUUUUGCUCCUUGUCGUAGCAUCUUGCUUUGCUGUUUUCUAAGCCGUGGGUGGAGUCAGGGAAUAUGCAGCAAGGACAAUAGUGUUUUAUCUGGGUUUGGGUGCUUUCUCCUGGGUGAGAAGGCUGGCACUGCAGAUGCAUGUGAUUGCUGGAAACUGCUGUCACAGCAUCUGUUGCUGCUGCGCAUGAGCCACAUUACUCGCGAAUCGAGCCAGGAGUUGUGUGGACGAUGAAAUCACGAUAUUGGUAGAUGAAUAGUGGGGUGAGGGAUCUUUCUGUCAUAUGAAGGGGUAGUUUUCAAAUACCUGUUCUAGGCACACUGCUGCAUGUUGAGGGGUUGUGUUGGGCCCAGAUGGGAUUAUAUCUACUAUCAUUGCAUACUUUUCCUGCCAAGAGUUAACGUACGUCCUGCAGCCUUUAACUGCAGCUUAAAGGCUGGGGUGGAAGGCUGAUUAAAGAAACUGGGGGGCCCAGAUGGGAUUGGCGACUCAAUAUCACAGAAAGCUGAAAAAUGAUUGCAAAAUGGGCCUUUGCCCUGAGGCACCUUGUUUACAGCGCCCGAGAAUGACACAGAUGGAUUGAAGGACUUGGGAAUUUUGUAUCUGAUGGAUCAGCGCUGAGCUGGAAUUAGUACGAGUGGGGUUACUCGCUCUGUUGCAGCACAGCGCACUGGCUUGUACUUUUGUCGCUGUGUGAAUAUGUGCUUGAGCUAGCUUAGAAGACGAGGUUAAACUUGUCUCUCUUCCUUGCCAUGCUUGCAUUGGGUACCCUGAUGCAUGGUUUUGGUACUGCAUGCCUGAAGGUUUUAUUCAGGUUUGAAACGGGGGAUUCCAGCUGAAGUCUGAAGCCUUGCAUGGGUCAGAAUGGCUGUGGUUCUCUUGAAUCAGGCUCUUGAAAAAAGGAAACGAUGGGCUAGGAAUAAGGAUGCAUGCUUCAUUGCUUUAUCACUAAACUUAGUGACUUCAUUUCUAAGUGCAGUAAAUGAUGGCCAGUACAUUGUUGGGUCUGGCUGCGACUGGGCGCGCCAGUUAGAGGCCCCUAAAAUUUUGCAGAAUUGCAGAAUGUGGCGAUUGGAGACAACAGUGGACCAGAGUAUGCAAUAUUGGUGUGUAUUUAUCCAAAAUUACACUCUCUUGAUUUGCCUGUGCAUUUAAAGGGGGAGAUGGUAUAGCCAGAGAGUGGAGCUAGCUGCCUCGGCUUGUGGGGGUUCCAAAUAACAUUCUUUGUAUUUUGUAAGGAGAUUCUGCUGC